CACCAACUAAUAUAACGACCACGUCGUGGCCGUUUUGGAGUGGGAACUCUCCGAUAUUGGUUACGCACCUCGUCUCCUCUCCUCUCUCUUCGUUGGGCAACUCGCCGGUCGAAACGCUCUUCCCCACCUCAUUCCUCCCUCAAAUUCUCGAUCCAGGCCGAUCCGGAUCCGCGUGCGUGGAAACCCUAGGGCGUGUUGCGAUCUUUGAAUCCAGGAAUUGCUGAAUUCGGCGUCGAAUCGGGUGUGGGGAGAUUGCCGAUCGGUUUUCGUGACUGAUGAGGUUGAAUUGACAGGGAUUUGUUGAGGUUUCUGGGACGCGAGGAGGAAUGGCGAAGGUGGUCUGUGAGGGAUGGAUGGUUAGAUAUGGCCGGCGGAAGAUUGGCAAGUCGUUCUUCCACAUGCGGUACUUCGUCCUCGAGACGAGGCUUCUGGCCUAUUAUAAGAGAAAGCCUACGGAUACUACGGUUCCGCUCAAGACUCUUGUUAUAGAUGGGAAUUGCAGAGUCGAGGAUAGGGGCUUAAAAACACAUCAGGGUCAUAUGGUUUAUGUUUUAUGUGUUUACAACAAGAAAGAGACAAAUCAACAAAUAAUGAUGGCAGCAUACAACAUCCAGGAUGCUCUUAACUGGAAAGAGAAGAUUGAGUUAGUUAUUGAUCAGCAACAUGGUUCAGUGACCAGUAAUGGAAAUCGGACCUCUGUUUCAAGUGACCUUGGAAUGGAUAUUGACAGGAAUGAAUCUUCCUCUAGUCAUGAAAGGCAUCCUGAAGAUGAAGAGGAAAAUAAUCCCACUUUACUACAGGGGACAACCAUUGGGAAUGGCCCUCCUGAUUCAGUACUUGACUGGACGCGUGAUCAAGUUUCUCCUAGAAAGCAUUGGCGACUGGUCAGUUGCCAGAAUGGGCUACGGAUUUUUGAAGAACUUGUAGAAGUUGAUCUUCCAAGAAGAUAUAGUAAGACAAUGAAAGCAGUUGGUGUGGUGGAAGCCACAUGUGAAGCUAUAUUUGGGCUUGUAAUGACUAUGGAUGGCACACGUUUUGAGUGGGAUUGUAGUUUCCAGCAUGGCAGUUUAGUUGAAGAGGUUGAUGGACAUACAGCUAUAUUGUACCAUAGAUUGCAGCUGGAGUGGUUCUCAAGGUUUGUGUGGCCUCGUGACCUUUGUUAUGUGCGUUACUGGCGACGUAAUGACGAUGGAAGUUAUGUUGUGCUGUUCCGAUCUAGAGAACAUCCAAACUGUGGUCCUCAGCGAGGAUUCGUGAGAGCCCACAUCGAGAGUGGUGGAUUCAAGAUUUCACCCCUUAGAUCUCGUGAUGGGAGACCUCGUACUCAAGUCCAGCAGCUUAUGCAAAUUGACCUUAAAGGGUGGUUUGUUGGUUAUUUUCCUUCAUUUCAGCAACACUGUUUACUUCAUAUGUUGAAUAGUGUCGCAGGAAUACGUGAAUUAUUUUCUCAAACAGAUGAAAUUCACACAGCAAAUAGAAUUCCAAUCAUGGUCAGUAUGACAUCAGAUUCUGUUUCUUCUAAGAAGGAACAGAAAACCGAGGAAAUCAGCUUUCAGCCUGGUGUAUCCCUGGACCAAGUGUUUAAUGAUACUAGACAACCGAUUAUUUUAGAUGAAGACUCCGAUGAAGAUGAGGACAAUCAAGUACCUGAGGCUGAAGAAGAGGGAUCCUCAAUCAAAACUGGAAAUAACAACAAGCAGCCAGAUAUAGAAGUAGAGACUUCAGAUAUUUUAGACACAUCCUGCUUCUCUGGCAAUUUACGGUGGGAUGAUGGUGAAGAUAGUCGCAAUUGUUGGAAAAUACCAGAUGGAAAUAUUUUCAAAGUCCGCAGUGAAAAUUUUUUUAAAGACAAAUCCAAGAUUCCUGCAGGAAAGUACCUCAUGGAACUUGUAGCAGUUGAUUGGCUGAAAAACACAAAACGAAUGGACCAUGUUGCACGGCGAACAGGCUGUGCAGCCCAAGUUGCCUCUGAGAAAGGACUGUUCACUUUGGUCAUAAAUCUGCAGAUUCCAGGAUCAACACAUUACAAUAUGGUGUUUUAUUAUGUAAAGAAACAAUUGGUACCUGGAUCACUACUGCAGCGAUUUGCUGAUGGUGAUGAUGAGUUCCGCAACAGUAGGUUAAAGCUAAUCCCAUCUGUCCCUAAGGGCUCAUGGAUUGUUCGUCAAAGUGUUGGAAGCAACCCUUGUUUAUUGGGAAAAGCUGUUGAUUGUAGCUACAUUCGUGGAGAAAAAUACUUGGAAUUAGACGUGGAUAUUGGUUCUUCAGCAGUGGCUAAUGGAGUGCUCGGGCUAGUGUGUGGUGUACUUACAUCAUUGGUAGUUGAUAUGGCAUUCCUCAUUCAGGCUGUUACUUCUGAUGAGCUUCCAGAGCGUCUCAUCGGGGCUGUUCGUGUGUCACAUGUUGAGCUGUCUUCUGCACUUGUCACAGACCUUGCAGAUAGUCCUUCAGAAGAAUGACUGCUUCAGAUUAUGUUGCAU